AUGCUCUGUUUUGGCUGUAAUGGCGCAGCUUUGGACAAGAAAAAGGGACAAAAAGAGGUAUUAGAAAAACUUCAAAGGGCUUGAAAAUAAUGUGACUUUAAAAUUAUUAUCAAUUUUUUGAAAUCAACGUAAAUUUUUUACAAUUUCAGGCCGACAAUUACGCUCCGAAUGGCUACGGAAGUGAUCCCUUGGCGGCACCACGGAAAGUAAGUGAUUUUUGGAGCUAAAGUUGUCGCUAAUCACUCAGCACAACGUUUUGUUAUCUUUUCGCUUCGUCUUCGAGGGCUUUGAUCAUCAAUUAUAUCUCCUUUUCCAAGUUUUUUGCUUGUUUUGAGAGGAAAAGAAAAAAAAUUAGCAAAACGAAAAAAGUGAUUGAUUAAAUUUUAAAAUACGACGCUGGAAAAUCGCAAAAACGAAAAAAUAUUCUGAUUAGGUUUUAAAAUACGACCAAUAUAAUAUCUGUUUGUUUCGGAAGGUUUUCAUUUCAAAAAUUCAAAUUUCCCGCCAUUUUUGGCAUUGUGUUUUAAGAGCAGUUACAGCCCGCCAAAUGCUGUGUAACGGAAUUCCUUUUCCAUUUUUAUCAUUUUCUCCAAAAAUCCCAUCAAAAAUCUCGUGAUUCAAAAAAAAAAAGAAAUCCCCGCAAAUUCCCAAAAGUCUUGAAACGUCACUGCACCACAACCCCCCUCCUUUCCCGUCCCAACUUAGCCGGUUAUUUUGAUAUCCGAUCGGCCAACUGUUCGAUUGGCCGCUUCUAUUCGGGGGCCCUUUUUCUCGAGGUCAUUUUUACACUUGGGGCCGGAACAGGUACUCGCUAAUCAAUAAAACAAUUCGCUUAAAUCGACUGAAGGUCGGGUCGGUUUGGAGGGGGAGGGGGAUUUGGUCGAUUUUUGGCCCGUUUUUAGAUUUUUUUGCUUGAAAUUUUUGGGAUUUUGGAAAUUUAUGUUGAGAAAAAUAAGAAAAAGUUAUUAUUUGUGAGCUUUUAGCGGAGGAAUAAAUCGUAUUUUUAAAAUAUUCUUGUUUUUUGACCGACUUAUUUUUGGAAAUUCAGAAUUGUUUUUUCGUAUAAAAUGUCACCGACCUGAAUUUAUUCAAAUGUUUUUUCAAAAUAUAUUUUUUUUAAUUACAAAAUUCGAUUCAAAGUUUGUAUUUCAAAUGACGUCACCCACCCUCGCGACUCCAUAAAUCCCCCUCCCAAUUAUCAAAACUUGAUGGCCCGCAUCUGGCCCAGACUUGGGCCCUAAUCUCCGUCGAAUUUAAAUACCCGCCGCGAGAACAUUUGAUUAGAAGGAGAAAGGAAUUCAGGGGUUUAGCGCUCAAAUCGAAAUCGAUUCUGAGAAAAAAUUUUUUUUGCGAUCGAAAUUUGUCUUCGGUUUUCAGUUACUGGCCAGUUGUUAUCUGUUGACCUUUUCACGGAGAUCUUGAGAAUAGCGCUUGAUUUUUAGGAGUAUUUUGGGUGGACUUUGUGUUGUAGGGUAAGAAUUCGGAGUUUGUUGUUGAUUUUGCUGAAACUUGGCUUUAUAAAAGAUGUACUCCAAGUGGGCGCUUAGAAUUUCUUUAAAUUCUGCACACGUUUCUGGCAUAGGCCACCAAUCUUCUAAGGUAUAGUAAGCUGAGAUAUUUAACAAUCUUUACGCCCGAGAGACUACGCGAAACGUUGAGAGCAGUCACAGAGAAAAACAUUUUUUUGCCAUAUAAGAGUGAAGAAAUAAGACGGAUUUUGAGAUUUUGAAAAAGACGCUGAAUUUGUUUUCUCGAGCUUUUUUUCUCAUGUCGGCCUCAUUUUUUCCAUUUUAUUUUUUCAAAAAAAGUGAGGAAAGCGUUUUUAACGUUUUGCGUCGGAACGAUCGGAGCGAUCUUUUUUCUUCACUCUUAUAUCCUUGCCAGUUUCGUGGGGAAAAAAUAUUUUUUUGUGGAAACCCUACCCUCUAGGCUAGGCAUGGCUCCGGGCCGGGCUUUGCAAAAUUUUCCGGCCCGGGCCGGGCACGUCAAGAAAAAAUAAAAGAAAAACGGGCGCCCAAUGAAAAAGCCUAGAAUUUUUUUUGGCAUUCUGCCCGGUGCAAAUCCGUUUUUGUCCAAAUGGUUUGCAAUAUUUUGACAUAAAGAUUAAUAGUAAAUCACAAGAUAUUGAUACCAAUAGAAAGCUCGAGAGCUGCUUUUAAAAGCUAAUAGAAUCAAAAUAUACCCAUAAUCAUAGUAUUUUGACAGUCUUCCAAGGCGAAGAAAACAACGUCUAAAUAAAAUGUUUUAUCGACGAUACCGAGUCAGAGAGAACUGGAAGGGGGUAUAGGCUCCACGUCAAAAAAAUCCUUAAACUAUUCUUCGAGUAUCUACAUCGGUCUCGUCCCGCUUGAUGGGACAGUUUUUUUGAUAUUCGGCCUUGAAAUUUGCACUAUUUUUAGCCUAGCUCGAACCGUGUUCAAAAAAUGCGUCACGAUGACACCCAUUCAGAAUGUGCCAGUGGUAUAAAAAACAGUUGUAUACGACUAGUAGUACUCCCUAGAGCUCCCAUAAAAAAAAUUAGGUUAAACAUUGUUGUUAUGUGCAAUUUGGAUGACAGAUUUUAUGAAUUUUUUUUCGCUGUGAGAACCUUUGCAAUGCCCGAAAUUUCUUGACGUGCCGGGCCGACUAACUUCUCGGCCCGACUCCGGGCUUCGAUUUUCAGGCCCGGCCCGGCCCGGGCCGGCCCGGUUUUUUUGAAAUUUGAGUUUUGCCCGGAAAAAAAGGAAAAAAUAAGCUUUUACAAUAGGAUUUUUCAUUUUUUCGAACACAAUGCUGAUAGCGAACGUAAAGUGACCUUAUGUACCUAGGUUUUGCUAAAUUUUUCUUUACAUCUUGCGAAAAUUUGCCAUAAUUUUCUUUUCAUUUCCCGCUUUCUUUCUUUCCAAACCAGUAUAAAAUUUUCCGGGCCAAACCGGGCCGGGCUUUCCAAAUUUCCCAAGCCCGGGCCCGGGCCGGGCUUGGAGAUUUAAGCCCGGGCCUGCGGCCCGGGCCGGGCCGGGCUGGCCCGGUUUGCAGCCAUGCUUACUCUAGGCAGAAAUCGACAUGAAACGUUUCAUGCCAAAAUUUGCAAAAACAUAUUUUGCCGACUCUAAAAAUCAUCUUUUCUACAAAGCGCGAGUCUUGUAUGUGCGUUGAAAAAAUGACCUAAUUCUUGGCCAAACUUCAUCAAAAUCUGAGCGUCACACUUUGGGUACUUUCUCUGCUAAUAAACUUGCAAAUUCCCGGCAUUUUUUACUCAACGAUUAAUUUUCUCCUCACAUCAAAAGGAUAAGAUUACCUUGAGAUUUAUUGUUUCUUUUGAUGAAUUCACGUGAACUUUGGACUUCCCACCAGUAAAUCCUUUACCAAAAAUCUCAUUUCCAAACAUAUGUGAAUUCUACUCGCCCGGAAUAGCUUCCGGAAUAUGUUUCUUUUCAUUUUGGGGUAUUAUUAUCUUUUUAUUGCCAUUCUCGUUUCAUGACAACAGUUUCGGGCAAAAUGCCGUUCCGUUUCGAGUAAAACGUAGAUGUAAUCGUAAAUAUAAAUAUUUUUGCCGUUUAAGAUUUGGAUCGGUUGCUUGAAAUCUUAAUUUUGAUUUUAAUGUAAGACUCCAUAACUUUUGUGAGAUUCUCACAAAUCCUGAGCAAAAUUAUGAUGAGAAUAUAAUAAAGCGAGGUUUUUAUGUCGAGAGUGGAAAACAUGUUAUGGGCCUUUCCGAAUUUUGGGUUAAAAAACAGUAUUUUUUGUUUAUGGGCAUAAAUUCAGUUUUUUUAACGGACUCUUACAAAUACGAGACUACAGAAAAUUAUGAGAGGCAGUCAGAGAAAAAAAAAAACGUUUUUCGGAAAUCUUUGGAAGUUUGAAAUAAAAUUUGGUCCUUGUUGAGACAUCAUGCUCUCAAUUUUUAACAAAUUUUUAAUUUUUCGUAUCGAGAAUCGCAAAAAAAAAUAUUUUGGACUUUUACAAAUGAGAGACUUACAGAAAAUGACGAGAGACGCGGUCAGAGAAAAAAGUUUUUUGGAAAUCUUUGCAAAUUUGAAGUAAAAGACGUCAUGCUCUCAAUUUAAAAGAGAAUUUUAACUUUUUUUCAAACAACGCUAAAAAAUUCAUUUUGUUUUUAGCUAAGAAUCUGGCGUACCUACGCAUAGGUCAUGAAUUUGGAUUUAAAAUUGGCCCGAUUUAUGUAAAAAUCGAAUAAAACUUAUCUUUAUAUAAUACGGUUACGCAGCGAUUGCACUUCUUUAUUUCCAGGACCGAAACUACCGUCCAUCCAAUCAAUAUCGUUCAGUAGUCCCAUUGGAAGUUAAGAAGUCGCCCAGAUCCCGCUCCCAGCCCCAUCCCCGGAUGACCACCGAACUCCAGAUCCAGCCCGGAGGGGUUGAUUUCAGUCGGAUCACGGACCGAAUUGCAGCGAUUACUUUCCCCACGGGAGGCUCGGAUAAUGCCUACAGAAGCAGCAUCAAAGAGGUCUCGGAGAAAUUGCGGAAAACUUAUGGGGAGCACUACAAGGUGAGGGGAUUUAUUAUAAUACUUUUGGGAUGAAAAACGUCGAAUAUGGGUAAUAUAAGUUAUUUUUUAUGAGGAAAAUUUUCAUACUCUAUCUCCAAAAUAGCUUAAAAUUCCAGGAAAAUUUUUUAAAUACGUGUCUUUGCCUGUUUCUGCAUUUUUCAGGCCAAAAAAUAUAUUAUCCAUGACAAAACUGAUAUCACUUUUUUUUCGAAAAAUCUAAAACUAUUUUUUUCCAGAUCUUCAACCUCUCCCAGAAGCGCUCCGACCUAGGCCGCGCCAAUUCCGGCGCCGUUAUUGAGCUCGGCUGGCCCGAUCAGCUGGCCCCGCCCCUCGAUAAACUGUGCUCGAUCUGUAAACAGUUCGAGAACUGGCUCAACAGCAACCCCAAGAACUUGGUAGUCAUUCAUUGUAAGGGCUGGAGAAGCCGAGCAGCCAUCGUCAUCGCUUCUUACAUGCAUUAUGCAAAUGUUUGUUCUAGGUGAGUAGAAAUUGGGUAAAAUAAGGGGGAAAUUUAGAUUUUACGAUAAAAUUUUGAGAAAUCAUCGUAAAAAUGUGAUAUUUCAGGGUGAAAAUAUUUUUUAUGGGCGCUUGUCCUUAUGUCGUAUUUUAAAAUUGGUUUACGCGUUUUUUACUGUCUAAAAUUUGUCGUAAUGACCGGAUUUUUAUAAAAAAAUGGGAAAAAAUUCAAAAAAUUAACAUUUCAGAAAAAAAUUUAAUUAUUAUGACGUCAUAAAUACACAGGCGUAGUCACAAACCAAUUUAAUUUUUUUUAUUUCAUAAAUUUGCAAUGAUGACAUAUUUUUUGGAAUUUUUGCCAAGUCUUAUGUGCUGAUAUUUUCCAGCGAAGAAUCAGUGGCCGAUCGUUUCUCGAUGCAAUUGUUCAGCGAGAAAUUCCUUCAAUUCGACGGCCAGCCGUCCCACAAAAGAUAUGUCCGUUACUUUGCAAAUCUGAUCAGUGGUGCGACCAAAGUGAAUCCACAGCCAAUCCAUCUGACCUCGAUUACCUUCACUCAAUUUCCGGUUGGGAGAACAGUCUUGUUGAAGAUCUACGAACGGAUGAAGCCAGUCUACAACACCGAGAAAAUGUAAGGGUAAAAUGUGAAGUGGAAAGAAAAUUCUAGGGUUUUUUAAUGGAUUAUUCGUCACAUAUUUUGCAAGACGUCCUAAAAAAUUUCGAAAAAAAUAAUCUUUUUUUGCUUUAAUUCUAUGUCACGGUCCUCACUUGCCAUACUUUUGAAGUUUUUCUUGACCAAAAAGAGCUUUUUUGAUCUCUGGUUUGAUGACACAAAAUAUUUUUUUUCAGUCCAAUCUCCUCCUCCAAAACCACGAUUAGCUUUGGAGAAGAAGGCCUAUCGCUUCGUGGCGACUUCCUGGUCAAAUGUUUUGCCAAACCCAGCGAGAAGUCUGCAGAUUCGGCGUUGGACGACCGCCAACUCCUCUUCCAAUGCCAAUUCAACACUUGCGCACUCGAAUUGGAUCCCAGAUUGCCUCAGCUCUCUUUUCAUAGCAGUGAUUUGGAUCUUGUCGGUAAGAACUCUAAUUCUUGCUAAAAUCAAUGAUUUUUGUUGCUUUUUAUGUUAUGAUUAAUAUAAAAAAUCAAUUUUUAGAUCCCUCAAUCGGCCCCGAGGCUAAUAUUGAAUUCAAUUUUGUAAUGGAGCCGUCCAGAAGUCGCUCAAGUUCGUUGAAACGUCAGAAUUCGGGGCAGAACAUUGCGCAGCGACCAGAGCAACGGGCACAAUCCGUCGGCGCCGAGCAAAACAGACAUAGCGGAAGCUUCAGCCGAGUGGACAGCUAUGAGAACUUUGAUCGACCUGAAGGUGGGUUUGGGUUGGAUUCGAAGGGUGAAUUGUUGUGCAGAUGAGAGAAAGGCAUCAAAUUUGAUGACGAAAAAAUAAAAAUAUGCUUUUAAAAAAAUGCUUACAAUUAGACUUUAUGCAUACAGUGAAUUUUAUAUUUUAUUUUUUUUAAGUAAUUUUACACUGUAGAUGUGCCUGUUAUGUAAAAAGUCUAUGCACUUUUGAAAAGCUGUAGUUGGAGGAGUGUUUUGAGAAGCUGAAAUCUCGCAGAAACUUGACAAAAAUCAAGUAUUUUUGUUUUGCUUUCCCAGUAAAUUUCAUGGCAAGUACAUACACUGUAAAAAUCCGAAAUUUUCUACUUCGCUCAUCCAAAACUUCAGCACUUUUUUCCCUAACCUCUUGAAUUGCCACCCAUCUACAAUGACGUCAUUCCCUGUCCUUCGUUUUUUACUCCUUCUUGGUAACCAGAUAUCCCUCUAAUAAUACCUCCUGACCCCUACAAGCCUCAAGUCAGACUGACCACCAAACCAGUCUGGGGAAGAGAACAGUGGAUGCAAAGAAUCGUAAAGCGGCGUUCGAACAGUUGGCUUUAAACAAAUGGACCUACCUAAACCUGUUCGGUAUAAAAAAUAUUUGGGAAAUUUAGUGGGUCUUUUAGCACUUUGACCUUAUUCUCAGAGCGGCUUUAACGAGAUUUGAUUGUGUUAAGGGAAGAGCUAACUGGGAGUGUUACUUUUUACGAAAGUUUCAAUAGUGUUAGAGAGGAUAGCGGUGUUUAAAAGGUGGUCUAUUAUUAGAGUAAAGUCAGGCGAACUAACUCUUCUUGAAUGGUAAACUAUGUCCACUUUUUUGGCUGGCUAAACAAAGCGUUUGCUUUGUUUAAAGCCAGAUUAUUUGCUUGUCGAAAGACAACUUAAAGUCAGCAUAUUGGUACUGUAGGUCUACAUAUUUAGGUCAAAAAACGUUUUACCACGUAUCAUGAGUAUCACAAUUAUCACGUUGAAGAUUGUUCCAAGGCUAGAUUGAGUUAGGCAUGCGCCCCGUUGUAGAGGAAUUUAGAGUAGAGGGGAACAGAUUUAGGUGCGAUUCUGAGAUUCUCUUUGACUGCACAGGCUAGAUUACAUUCCAAUUCUUAAAAGUUUUAUUUUUAAGUUUUCAAGCAUCUCUGAAAAAUUUAACCUUUUUGGCGAAAGGAACGUUAUAGAAUAUUUCAUUGCAGGUCAGAGAAAAGCCAUAUUGUUGGCUGCACUUCGUCACAUUCUUGAGGAAGCUGAAUUCUUUUAGAAAACUCGAUCAAAUUUCUGUCAAUUUUGUUUAUAAUGUUUUGAUGUGGGGCUAGGCGCGAUUAAAAUUUUGGAUAUGCCCUGGGUGUGCUUAUUCUAAAUUUUUGCUUUGCUUCCUCAGAAUUUGAGCGUUGAUAGCGCUACUGCAAACUAUUUUUGAUUUUAUCGCUUUUGAAGCUAUGCAGACAAUUUGACAUUUCUUGUCGUUUGUCAUCAAUAUUCUAUCUUUAGCUUCCUGUCGAUGAGGCUUGAAACUUGCUUGUCAAAACUUUGUAGAUAACAUUAUGUUAUACUCUUGUAUGAUAAGGUGACUUUGUAUCUUGAUUCAUGCCUCUAUGAGGCUUGAUCUUUUACUGUCAAAGGGACGUAUACAUUUUAAAAAGUCGUUUUUGUAUUUUUCUCCUCUAAAUUACUUCGUUCUCCCCCUAAUAUCAUGGAGAACUGCCUAAAGUAACAGCGGCUGAAUGUCCUGUUGAUAUUUAUUGAUUUCCAUGACAUUAAUGGUCCCUCUCUUCGCGUUCAGCGUCCGGGUGGGCGGUGGAAGGCCGGAGGGCCCGAUCCCCCCUCGAACAGAUCUCCUUGGCACUGCCUCUCCGUCUUUUCCGGAGGCUAUUCGGGACCGGGACAGGUGCGGCUGCAAGCGAGUCUCUCCCCGAGUGAUUGGAGUGCCGGAGGGGACAAAACAAGUGCGGAGUCGGGGCCUCGGAGGAAUGGGAAAUCGCCGGCCCUCGCCCCGAUUUCGAACUUUUUUCGAAAGUCUUGGGCCUGGUUUUUUUCGCGGCGUUUUUUACUUUGCAUUCAAUUAACUUGAUGACAUUUUAUUACAACGCUUGGUCAUCUUUUUGGCAUCUUUUGGGGCGGAAUGGACCACUUGAGGUCCGCAAGGCUUGAUCGGGAAAGAGUUUACUCGAGUAAUCGGCGCUUUCGGAUGGGAAGUUUUUAUGGUCGGGCCACAGACGUUAGCGAAAUUUUUGUUGUUAGAAAGUUGUCAGUUAUGAUUUUUGAUCAGUUACAGCUUUGCUUAAUGCAAAAUUUUUGGUGGAGAAUAAUAGGAAGCAUUACUUUUUGCUUUUUUUAAAAAAGUCUGUAGAAAAAAUGUCUAAUGGUCUUAUUUUUUAGAGAAGUUUUUGUCUGUGAAAAUACCUUCAUCCGGAUUUUCUUUGUUGUCAACAAAAUUCAUACCAAUGAACUCUAUCGUAUUUUAAAAAAGAAAAAAAUUGUUUUGGGUGGCACAAGGUACAAGCUUUGAUGCUAGCCGGCUUUAGUUUUUUUGAUACGUUUUCAUAAACUCACAAUUAGUCAAAAAAUGACGGAAAAAUUUUGCGAAAAUUUUUGAUCUUUAUUAUACCUCUUGUGUGCUUACAAUUAGGAGGUAAUUAUGGCUCAUAGAAAUCAAUUUCUUCCCGGGAAUUUCGAAGAUAUGGGGCAAAAAGCAUUUCUGUCUGAUAGUCUCCCCUCAUUUUCCAUAAUCUCUCGUCUGCAAAGAUAGUUUAUAUCUCGACUCUGUCUAAAUUGCGGGUGCUAAAACUUUCAGCACUUGGCAAAUGGAUUAGAACGAACCUAAAAGCAAAAUUCAAAGACGUUUUGAGCGUUCUGCCUCUAGCAAUUUUUAUUUUUUAAAAUUUUGAAAUUUCUUUGUACAACUUUUUUUUAUGCCCAAAAAAUCUUGAUUUUCCAUGAAUCCCGCAUUAUUAUUUUUUUCGUAAAUCACUCUCAAUUCAGCUUCAAAAAAUUAUUAAUAGCGCUAAUAACAUGGCCAUUGGGCCGAUUGGUGUUUCACUUUCAGCCAAAGAAAAAAAAAAUUGCGGAAUUAGUCAUUGGAAGAAAAGUAGCAAAAAUAUAGUCGGAAUUCUCUCUUUUUUUAUCUUAUGGACUAAUAAACAGGUGUACGGAAAGAAUGUUUUUUGAAAGGCCGAUUCGAGAUCAUGGGGAUUAUUGGAUAUCUUAUUACGAGACAUGUCUUUUUGAUCGGUUUUCGAAUCAAAAAAAAAAGUUUUUAUCAUAUUUUUUGGCGAUUAAAUUGAUUUUCUUGGUUACUUGAGGAAGUAAUGAGGAAAAAUAAUUAUUAAUAAAUAAAAGUGAAGGCGUAAUUUAAAUUUUCGGGGGUUUUACAGCAUAUUUUUAAAAAAGGUUUUUUCACAUGAAGUUUGCAUUAUUUUUUUUUUGGUUUUCGAGAAGUUUAUCAUUCAAAAUUAUCAAUCAAAAACAAAAUUUAUAUAGUUUCGAAUUUUUUUUCAAUAUUUUUCUAUUUUUCUUUUAUUAAAAAAAUUUUUUUUAUUAUUUUUGAUCAAUUAAUUUACAAAAAUAAUUAACCAAAAAAUUGAAAACUCGUAUUUUACACCACUCCUCUUACUCUGUCGAGACAAAAAAAUGCCUCAGAAAUCCAUAUCACACUAGUUAAAUUAAUGUAAUUUCAGACGAUCGAUCGCAGUCUCAAUCGCUAAACUUGACUCCGCAGCCCUCUCAAGUCCCGGUUUCUCCACCAACCACCAAAAACAUCUCUCCGAUUCACAUUGAAGCCCCUCAGGGCGGGUUGAAACAACAGAACAGCCAGAAUACGGACGGCGCCGACUCUGGAAUCGGCUCUGAUUCGCCCAAAAAUUCAAAGGUAAAUAUUUAUGUUCAUCCAUAAACAUUAUUGCUCUCGUGCUCUGAGACAACCUUUAUUUCAUUUAUUUAAUUUUAAAACCAAAAAAUUUUAAAAAUGAUGACUAAAAAUCAUCGAGAAAUUACUCAGGAUGACAAAUCAUAUAUUACUCAAAAAGGAUGGCCAAGUUUUUACUAAUUUCCAAAGUUUUGUGCUCCUUUGGUCUCGCUUUGCCCAAUUGUUCAACUAAUUUUGAUAGAAAGUUUUUUUUACUUCAUGGUUUAUUACAUUUAUUUGCCAAUGGGCCAAGAACGCCAUGUAAACCGAUAUCCUGGUUGCUAAUAUUUUCUAGGAUGUUUUAUUGAGCUAGAUGAUGCGUGUUGGGAGUUUUGAUGCCUACAAAGUUUCAUACAAGCUAAAACUUGCCUAACACUGGUAUUUUUGGACAAAAUUUUACACCUUGCUUUUACACCUUGUCUUCAGAACAAAACGGGAUUUCAAAAAAAAACUUUUCGAAAAUGCUUUCCAACGUAUUAAUUUUCCAGUUCGAGCCCCCAGCCCCAAUGCCCGCACCUCCGGCCGUGCCGCCGAAACCCCGCGGCUACACACCGGCCGAAUUCGAGGACGACGAUGCCAAUGAAUCCACUUCGAGGCAAGAAGACGAUGAGGACGAUGACGAUGAAAAUGACGAUCCCUAUGGGAAUGUAGAUGGGACAAUUGGAAGAGAAAGAAAAGUGCUGCCAGCUGCCCUGAGGACACAGUCUCCGGACAGUGAAAAUCCGAGGGUCUCAAAGCACACAAGCCAUGGUACGACGAGCAAAAUUGACUCCGAUUUGGUGGCCAAGGGACGGUAAGACGAGUUUAAAUUUUUUCAAAGUUUUAUUUUCAAAUUCCAAUGUCCAAAAGUCUAAAACUUCAUUUUUCAUAUCGAAUAUCAUUGUCUCUCUGACCUUUUCCCACGUAAUCCCUUUCAAUUCGUUUCAGCUACGACCCCAAUUCCAAAUGUUUUUCAUAUGUUCCGGCCAAGUCGUUGAAGGAGCAUUACAGGGCGCCCAAGAAGCCCUCGUCUUCGGCACGUCGGGCGAGCAUUGAGCCGGCCGUCAUUGAGGUGCCGGAUCGCGUGGAACCCGAGCAAUUGAAGGAUAUUCCCCUGCAUGGGGUUGAAUUGCAACGACGCGCCGAAACGCCCAAAUGGGAGGACGAAAUUAACAAGGUGGGUGGGGAUACGAUAAUAUGAUUGUUUGAGGAAGUGUCUGAGACACUGUGGAAGGGGUCUGGAAGUUUUGGAAGCUCGAAUUUUUGAGCGAAAUUUUGGCAUUGUGUUUCAAGUGAUGAUUUUGUUGCUCGGGGCUAAGAAAUUUUUACGUGGUAGUCUACUAGUCUGUUUUAAACCUAAAAUUUAAAUUUCAAAUGAAGUAGAGUGGUCUAAAAUGUUUGAAUUUUGAAAUUGUCUUUAUUCCUGCCUAAAAUUUAAAGUUCAAAAUUCCCGCCAAAUUUGGCAUUCUGUUUUAGCGGCGAUGACUGUCUCUCGGAGAUUUCAGAACAGGUUAUUUCCUACGAUAAAGGAUACAUUACUAGUUGUUAAUUCGAUUUAAGAGUAUUUCAAUCCAUUUAGAGACAUCAAUUUAUAUUAUCCAUCGCACUUUUGUGAUUUUUUUGGUCGAAAAGAAUAUACAUCGUAAUUGAUGGGUAAACCGCGUUAAUAAAAUAAGCACAGAGCUUUUGAGACUUAUUUCUGAAUUUUUUCAAAAAACAAACAUUACUUUAGACAUGAAAAAUCGGAAUCCUCACGUCUCAAAAUUUCCAAUCCAUUUCCUACCCAAAUUUUCCGCCAAGCUUGGCCACACUUCUACUAGACCCCCGCUGAAGUCAUGUCAUUUCCGAGACAAAACCCUCGCAAAACUCCCAAAUUUCUUGCACUUGAGUGACACCUGUUAUCCAUGUUAUCCAUGUCCCAAAUCAAAUCCAAGAUUCUCAUCAAAAAAGUCCUGAGGACAAUUCUUUUCUCGGGCCAUUGACAAGUUGAGAAUCGGAGUUUUUGAAAUUAUAAUCCAGUUCUUGGCGUGUUUCUCGCUUGGCUCGGUUUUAUUAUUUCCCGCGGCCGAAACAAAGGCCGCGGCCGAAAAUUUGGAAGAAUUUUUCGUAAAUUUUGGGCGGGAUUUUUUUGCAAAGGCAAAGGAGGUUGCGUGAGGCUUUUAUUGGGGCGAAAUUAGAAUAUGCAAAUUUUUUGGGUUAGCUGAUUAUUGCGUAAUGAGAUGAGAAAUGGAGCUUAAAAUGGUGUAAAUUGAUGAUAUUUGGGGGUAAUUCUGCGCUGAAAAUAACUUUGGGAUAGUUCAACACCUUACCGUAGCUAAAAAUGUAAGAAAAAUUCAAAUUCCCGCCAACCUUGGCAUUUCGUUGCAACGUCAUUUUUGGGUCCCAAACAGAUUUACAGACCUUUUUAAAGCUGUAAAAAGUAAAAUUCACAAGAAUAAAAUGAAUUUCUUUACUUUUACAACAAAAAUUUUCCGACCAUCAGAUACCUUUCAUCGUAUAAAAUGUCGUUUUCUUCCGGUUUUCCUGUUUUACCCCAUAAAAUUGAUGGAAAUACGUCUUAGACCCUUAGCAAUAGCAAACGAACCUCUCAAACACUGUAAAUUGCCGGAAAUUAUUUGUUUAUUCUUCCGUUUCCCUCAACUUUCCGAAUUCUUUUCCAAAAUAGGUCCGAAAAACUCCCGUGAAGAGCCAGUAAUGACCAGCAGCGACGAAUGAGCUUCCAGAAAUCUUUUCGAACUCUCAGAUUUAUUUUUACAUUGUCGUUGACAUCAGAUUCCCAAUUUUUUAUAUUGUCCAUGAGAUCAAGAAUAAAUUUUAAAAUUUUUCAGCUAGCCGGUGAUCUGCCCACAGAUUCGGACUUUCGCCGGAAGGCAGAAGAGGAGAGACGUCGGAAUCAGCGUCAACAAAGUCUUCAAGCCGAUCCUUUUGGGGAUUUGUUGGAGAGGAAUCUGAAUUACGAACCGCCCCGACUUCACACCCCGCGGCCCCAUUCCCCACCCCAACAAAAGGAUCUGUUUGAGCAGAAGAAAAGGGGCAAUGAGGGUAAUCUGUAAGUUAUGAGGAGUUAUAACGCAAAAACGAGGGAUAUUUUAUGUUUUUGGCUGUUUUUUGUCAUCAAAAAAGUUUACAGUACAAUUUAAGAUGUCGUCAAGCAUUUUUUACAGCCGUUACUACUCAAAACAAUCUAAUUUCGGCUAUUCCCACCCAUUUUUAGACCAACCCCGCCCCCGUGCACCCAUAGUAUAGUGGAUUUUACCCGAAUUCGGCCCAAGUUCGAUCCCCUUUGAAUAAAAUCUUAAAUUGCGGUUUUUAUGUUUCAAAAUUAUUUCUCAUCUCUUGAACUGAAGCUUCAUACAUCAUAUAGAAGUCAACAAAGCAAAGAUUUUAUAAAAAAUGCCCUUAGGGUGAGGUCUCCGAAAAGCCCAUUGGAUUUAUUCAUUUUCUAUGGAAAUUUAUGCCAAAACGAACAAAAAAGUGGAAAAUCCAGGCGGAAAAUAAUAUUUCCUGAAGAGAAAUUUAAAUUUGAACAAUAACGCCUGAGGGAAAGUUUGGGAUUUUUGGGGAAAUCUUGAAAUUUUCAAAAAAUUCUGGAUUUUGAUGAGAAUUUUUUUAAAUUAUUGUAAUUUUAGUGGUGGUAUGGACGAUUUGUGUGAUCCAGAGUACUACAUGACCUACUCGAGUAACACAACGCCCACCCCCGACCACGCGAGCCAACGACGAAGUCGAUCGAUGGCUCCGGCUUACGAACAAACUUAUACUUACGAACGGAAACCACUCAGGACGAUUUCACAAAGGUCGGUGGGAUAAUACGAUAACUUAUUUUAUGUGGUGUCUACUUUUAAUUGAGAGAUUCUCAAAUUCUAUAGAGCUUCAAUGCGACAUGUAAAGCGAAUUUUGAAAAAAAACGAUGACAUUUGAAAAAUUUUUGGUUUUGACUAAUUUUUCCAGAAAGAAAUCUUGAUUUUAGAUAUCAAUGAUAAGCAUCAAACUAAAGUCAUUUAUUGGACAACCAUCUUUGCCGAUUUUUUGGUCGAAAAAUCAUGUUUUUCGCCAAAAUUUUGGGAAGAACGAGCUUUUUUUCUAUUUUCGAACAUAAAAUUUCAAAUAUUUCUGCAAAACGCGAUUUAAAAAAUUCGAAAUUUCCCUCAAAGACGCUAAAUCAUAUUUCUUUUAGGUCAAUGCCUUUCCCUUCUACACUAAUACCAUAUUUACCCUCCGAAAAUUCAAAUUUCCUCCAUUUCAGAGACUUUGAAAACCUGAACGACAUGAUAUACUCCUCUUCAAAACUCCCUCCCCGCCCGCAGCAACGCUCCUACACCCCGAAACCAACCGCCACAUACCAAUCCGACAAUCCGCAUUGGCCCGAGCAACGAGAUAUUUACCGGCAACGGAAUAGUCGGUCAGUGAAUGCGUUGCCGACCCGAAAACUCUCGUUCCAAGAGCCGGAGAAGGAGACGGAGGCGGAUGAAUGGCUCAGGGAGAAGCUGAGUGCGUUGAAGAAUAAGAGACUCCAUGAUCCGGACGGGCAUCAGCGGAGACAGGCCGAGAAAUUGCUGUUGGAGGUGAGAAAAGGGAGAAGUUAGGGAAAUUUAUGAUUUUGAUGACUUUUUGUUAAUUUUUAUGUUGAUUCUGGAGCUUGAAUGCUUCAAACUGCCUUUCUAACUCUAGUAGAAAGUUGUAAUAUAUUAUACAUCAUGACUCUCAGCCAUAUUAAAAAGAUCGAUUUAUAGGCCGAUUACACCUUAUUUUAGGCUAAAAAUGUCAAUAAAUAUGUCGUAAAGCAUUUUUUAGUCUAGAUCUUGAGCUAAACUGACUUUUCUAAAUAGUAAAUAGCCUGAUUGUUUAAUUUCAGUAGUAAUCUCAAUGUGGAAGAAAUGAAAAACACAAAAAUUUUGAGUUUUUUUUCCAAAAAAAUCAUCACUUUUUUACGAAAAAAUUAGGUAACUCAAAAAAAUUUUUUGCGUUAUGUAAAUACCAUAAUACAGCUUCACCCACUCACGAAAAUCCGUAUAAAACUCAAAUUGUAAGCUUUAUGUGCCAAUAUUUUCGAUUAUAAUACUUUUGCUGAUAAAAACCAUGGAGGCCAAGUCCAAAAAGUAGUCUCCAUCGUCCGUUUCCUCUUCAGAAAGCUGGAAGUAGCUUGUUACUCUGGAAAAUUUUGAAGGUAUUUACCUCACUGUGAUCUUCAAUUUCCUCUAAUCCAACAUCAUCAAAAUGAACGUAACUGGGCCCAUUUGGAGUGGUUUCUUGGUCCUCAGUGCAGACCAAAAUUAUGUAAAUUACUAGGGCAGUCAUCACUGUCAUUAGAAGAGGGAUCAUCAAGCUGAAAAAUGCUGUUUUUUUUGAGGGAGAUUAGAUAUUUAGAAAAAAAUAGGCUUUUUGAGAGAAAAUUGGGGAAAGUGAUGGUAAAACAUACAAAAAGCCGAUAAUUUUGAGAAGUUCUCCAUUAUCAAGCCCUGAAAUAAUUUCUAGGCUCAUUCGACCGGUCGUUGACAAAAUAAAAAAUGAAAAAAAUUAAAUUUUUGAAAAAUGAAAAUUUUCAAAAAUCCUAAUUUUGUAGAUGUCCAAGCAAUUUUUACAACUUUUUUUACUCAAGAAAUUUAAUUUUCAGCAACUAAAAAACACCUCCGUUCCCCGCGACACCCGACCCACCCGUUCCCAGCCUCAGAGUCAGCCUCAUUUCCCAGCCGCCGACCUCGAACUCCCUCAGCAGCAGGAUCUCCAGCAACGCGCGCCCAUCCUCCGCAACGCUCCGCACGAGCGCUCGGAGCAGUUGGGAGCCGAACGCCAAUCGCGCCGCGACUCCUACGGCUACAGAGCCGAGCCCCGGGCCGCUCCACAGCCAGUCCACUCGAUCCUGAAACAACCGCAAGCCACUCCUCCGACCCGGGAUGAGCUCCGAAUUGCGAACCGGCAGGCCAUGGAGAAGACGACCCGUUCCAAGACCCCCUCCUAUCAGUAUGAUCAGGACCGGGCGUCGUUGGUGAGGCAGAGAUCCGCCACUCCUACCAUUCUGUUCCCUUCGGGGCAGGGAAGUAGCUAUGGUAGUAUUCGGCCGGAAAGUCGGCAGAGAGCGACGCCAAGCAGGCAGGUGCAGGAUCCCAUGGAAGAGUUUGGGUGAGUUGUUGGGUUAGUGGAUUUAAGAUGGAUUCAAUGUUUUGAUAGAAUUUUUUAGCCAAUGAGGAAGUUGUUUCAAAAUUUUUAGUUCCAAAAAAUCUCGAUUUUUCGAUUUUUUUGAAUAUCUCAGAGAGCUUUUUACGUAUCACCUUGAAAGUUUUAAUACUUACGUUAUCUAGAACCCUUGAAGAUUGCGUUGACUUACUUUGAGGAUUAUAUGGGGUUAUAAACUUGAGAUACUUUCAUUUAAAUUUCAUCUAGUACAAUAUAAUUUACUUUUGGUUUUCAGCCCAAUUUUGGUUUAUUGAUUGAUCGCAAAAUAUUGUUAUCACUCUUAUUACACCUCUAUAAUCAAAUCUGGGCAUUACAAAUUCCCGUUUUCAGCUAUUCUCAACACGAUUUCUCCUACCGUCAGCCCACUCCCUCCUCCGAAUCGCAUUAUGCUCCUCGCUCUGAAUACGCCUCCCGUGAUCACUACUCUCGAGGCUCAAAUUAUGGCCCAAUAGCGCCCUAUCAACGGGAUCACAACGCAACUCCGCAGCACAGCGAGGCGUCCGACUAUCGACGUCCGCGCGGCGCCACGCCCACUUCGCAGAUCGUCCGCCAAAAGCCGCCCACUCCGCCGCCACAACGGCCCCGUUCCCGCAGCCCCAAUGAGAAUGCAAUCUCGCCAAUCUUCGGGAAGAAGCCUCAGGUCGUUUUGGAUUCGGAGAGAAAGUAUCAGGAGCGCCUGGAAAGAGAGGCGAAUCGGGCGCGAGCUGCCGAAGGAGACUAUCAGAAACCAAAGAAGGCGAAAGCAGUACCGGGAAGGCCAUUCGACAAUGAACUGAAACAACGGUUCAAGCAGACGGCAUCCGAUGAGGAUGAGCCGAGCGGUGCGGACUUUGGAUACUUGAACAACAUGGUGAAUGUAAGUGGAAAAACAAUAAAAUUUUGAUGGAAAGUAGUGUUGAAAUGCGUUAGAUGAGGGAAUAAAGGGUAUUUAUGACCUGGUUCCAGUAAUUUAGCUCAUCAUUUCCUCGAUUUUUGUCGAUUUCUCGCUUUAGAUAAGGUCCCACCACGAAAUUGGCAUUGUGCCCGUUUGCCAUAUUUGUGCUCAGGAAGGCUGUGAAAUGCCCCAGAAAGCUGUUACACCAUAGUUUAGCACCUCAAUUACUUCUCAUGACUAAAUUAUGACCUAAAUUUCAAUAAGACUUCACCUAUGUAAAAUAAGGUCCCAGCUCAAAAUCAACUUUUCAAUUUCAGGAAAACCGCGCCAAAUCCAAUCAGACUCCCCAAUACGCCACAAAGUCGAUUCUGAAGCGAUCUGGAAGCGGUUCCGAGAGUAAUUACGCCUAUAAUAAUUACGGUAGUGUAGGGUCGGGUAACUACAACAACUACUACGGCACCAGCUCCGCCGACUCGAUGGGUUCCAGCGCUCAUUCCGGCUUCUCGGCGCCCGAAAUCUACGCCGCUCCCUACCGAUACGGCGAUGAGACGCCGGUUGCGGUAGGUGAAACGGAAUGCCAAGAAAUCAAGUUUUCGUUGCAGGAGCCGGAUUACGGUAGCACAUUGGGCCGAUCGGACACGCCGUCGUUCCCCACACAGUCUGGCAACCAGACGCCUCUACCAUAUCAUCCACUGCUGUAUCAGGGCGCCUCCAAUCAACAGUAUCAGGCGAAUGGAAACGGACGGUGA